GCGUCUUCUUGAUCCCGUACCUGCUGAUCGUUUUCGUGGGAGGGAUCCCGAUUUUCUUCCUGGAGAUCGCCCUCGGUCAGUUCAUGAAGGCCGGCAGCAUCAACGUGUGGAACAUCGCCCCGCUGUUCAAAGGUCUGGGCUACUCCUCCAUGGUCAUCGUGUUUUUCUGCAACACUUACUACAUCAUGGUUCUGGCCUGGGGCUUCUACUACCUGAUCAAGUCCUUUAGCUCCGCCCUCCCCUGGUCCACCUGUGACAACGAAUGGAACACGCCCAACUGCCUGGAGACCUUCCACCACCUGCACUGCAGCAACGCCAGCCUGGCCAACGCCACGGUGGGCGGAGCCAACCUGACCUGCGCCGACCUGGCCGACGCUCGCUCGCCCAUCAUCGAGUUCUGGGAGAACAAAGUGCUGAACAUCUCGUCCGGACUGGACCAACCGGGUCGGAUCAACUGGGAGCUGAUGCUGUGUCUGAUGGCCGUUUGGGUUCUGGUUUACUUCUGCGUCUGGAAAGGAGUCAAGUCCACCGGCAAGAUCGUUUACUUCACAGCAACCUUUCCCUACGUGGUUCUCAUCAUCCUGCUGGUGCGAGGCGUCACGCUGCCUGGAGCUUACAACGGCAUCAUGUACUACAUCAAACCGGACUGGUCCAAACUGGAGGAGGCUCAGGUGUGGAUAGACGCCGGCACGCAGAUCUUCUUCUCCUACGCCAUCGGACUGGGAGCGCUGACCGCUCUGGGAAGCUACAAUCGCUUCAACAACGACUGCUACAAGGACGCCUUCGUCCUGGCGCUCAUCAACAGCGGCACCAGCUUCUUUUCUGGCUUCGUGGUUUUUUCCAUCCUGGGCUUCAUGGCGGCUGAGCAGGGAGUCGACGUCUCCCAGGUGGCUGAAUCAGGUCCGGGUCUGGCCUUCAUCGCGUAUCCAAAGGCGGUCAGUCUGAUGCCGGUGGCUCCGCUCUGGGCGGCGCUCUUCUUCUUCAUGUUGCUGCUGCUUGGACUCGACAGUCAGUUUGUCGGGGUGGAGGGGUUUGUCACGGGGAUUCUGGACCUGUUUCCUGGGAAAUAUUACCACCGUUACAAACGUGAGAUCGCCGUGGCGAUCUGCUGUUUGCUGUGCUUCAUCAUUGACCUCUCCAUGGUGACGCAGGGAGGGAUGUACGUCUUCCAGCUGUUUGACUAUUACUCAGCCAGCGGCAUGACGCUGCUGUGGCAGGCGUUCUGGGAAUGUAUUGUAGUCGCCUGGGUCUACGGUGCGGACCGGUUCAUGGACGACGUGGCCCGUAUGAUCGGCUACCGGCCGUUCCCCUGGAUGAAGUGGUGCUGGUCGUUCAUCACGCCGUGCGUCUGCAUGGGCAUCUUCCUGUUCCACCUGGUGAACUACAAGCCGCUGACCUACAACACGGUGUACGUGUACCCGUGGUGGGGCGAGGUGAUCGGCUGGUGCCUGGCUCUGUCCUCCAUGCUCUGCAUCCCCGUCAGCCUCCUCUACAAGUUCUUCAGAGCCAAAGGAACCGUCAGAGAGCGCUGGGCCCACCUGACCAGUCCCGUAUGGGGCCCCCACCACCUGGAGUACAUGGCCCCUGACAUCGGGCCCCUCAGCUCCCUGACGCCCGGUUCUGAUGACAACAAGGUCAUCAUCUUCGAGAGCGUCAUGUAGACCGGACCCGCCCGUCCCUCCCAAGACAAGAUGGCCGACCUCCACCCUCACCUCCCACCGCUUUCUGCACCGGGCAUCAURAAUGAGCUGGACUCUGAUUGGUCCCCACGGCAACCAAAGCUUUUCCGGGCUCCCCUGGGACUUCUGGUUCUGUUGGGUUCUGGUUCUCCUGAUUUAGGAUGAAAGGCGGAUCGUGACGAUCCCAAACCACUCGUCUUCCAGUGAGGGUCACAGGGUCGGUUUAGUCUUGGGUCGGAUAGACGGUCAGCACAAACCUGAACCGGACAAACAGCCAUGAUGGACUCGCUGUCAGCCAGAACCUUCAGAACCUUCAGCCGACAGAGUUUGGAUCGUUGCUGUUUGUCAGGACAGACAGAGUUCUAGACAGAAGCACCGGCUGGUUCCCUUCAGGUUCUGUGAUCAGAUUUCCAGCCGUCUGUUCUCAUCUGAGUGCCAAAAGGUUCUGAUAUCAGAACUGGGCUGCUGCCAGCGACCCGGUUCCUCUGCCUUGUCAACGCUGCGGUCCAGUUGGUUCUGACCAUCUUUGUUGGGUUUCGUCCCGCUUCCUCUUUCUCGUCUUGUUAGCAGAAGAUUAAAAGGCUUGACUGGUUCUGUCCAUGAACCCGUCAGAACUGGUAACCGGGUCGGAAGGAGAGUCGUUUUGAUCCGAAUGUCGUCCGGAAACCUGAAGAGAGCCGGCGGACUGACGGCGUUGCCGAGCGUUGCCUUAUGUUGUCGUCUCACCUUUAGAGUUCAAACGGUUGACCUGUGACCUCCUGUUUGCUGUCGGUGGGCGUGUCUAAGACUCUGUCUCCUAGCAACCAGUUAGCACCCGCCGCUGCUGGGAAACGAGCAUCCAAAUGUGGGAAAACCAGAUCCGUUUGCACAUUGUUGUCAAAUAAUAAAAAAAUCCGUUUUUGUUUUUGUAAAAUAAACAGAAGUUUAUUUUUGGAGGCUUUUAUUUUGGUGAAGAAAUCUCUAUAUUGAAUCUUUGAGCUAUAUUUGAUGCAGUACUCACUAUGAUGAUGAUGAUGAUGAUGAUCUUUGGCUGAUUGUUCACGUUCGGUCGGCGAACACAAUCCACCGCUUCAGUCCUACCUCACUUCUCUUUCAGACUUUCAAAAUAAAACACCAGAGUUUUUUUUAGCCGAUGUUGGCGGCCUGUGGGAGUCGGAAGAAUCAGAACUCAGGGUUCUGAUUCGGGUCGUAAAUCCCAACAGGAAACCCAUAUGGUGCUGCGGCGGCUGACGUGAACAAGCAGCAAAGGCCGGUGCUUUUAUUGUGGCGGGUUUGCUGCGAUGCAGUGAUUUCUGAAAUCCUUUAUUCAAAGUGCUGAAGCGUUUCCAUAGCUCUAGCCUCAGGUGUUUUUCCCUCAGACGUCCUGCGGCUCACAUCACUUCCUCUGCUUGACUUCGGCUCCGUUUUCAGUUUGACAUGAAAUGAAUCUUCAGUCCUGCUGACCUGAAACCUGAAUGUUACGGAAAAAACGUCCCAAACUUUCAGCAUCAAACUGAACAGAUUUCAGCAACAGGCUGAUUUGGGCUCAAAACUUUAGUGAAUUAAAAUGUUAAUUUAUCAAACAAUUCUAAAAGCUGAUCAACUACAACAAGGAGAGUUUGGUUCCCAAUCAUGUGAACUUGAUUUAAAUCUGAGAUCAGUUUGAUCAAUUCGUCAUAUUCUGUCUUUUUCAGGUCAACAUGACAGAAAAGAAUAAAACGGUGGAUUUUAUGGCUCAUCUGGGAGUUUCCAGAUAGAACAAACAAAAACCUGGUUAGUAAUUUAGGAUCAAAAUUUGAGUUUGAACUUUCUUUGCUAUCAUAUAAAAGAGCAAAUCAUCUGCAUAGAAACGUAGAAAACUGAUGUUAGAACGAACAAUUUAAUGUUGCUUCAACCUGCAGAGAAUACAGAUAUACAUCAUCCAGAUUAAACCUGGAGAAAUUAACAAAAAAUAACUAAACGUAAAGAUGCUUCAGCUACUUUUAAACACUGAAGAGAAAUGAACAAGUUAUGAGUUUCAGAUGGAUAUUAAAAUAUCUGAGAUUUUGGCUCAACGUUCAUGACAUUAAAACCCAGAAGAUCCUUCUUCGCACUAAUUGGACUAAUCUGCUUUCAACUAAUCAUUUUAUGAAAAACGUUGAAUGUUUAAAGCUGAAUAUGUUGAAUUUGUUCCGUCUGUGUGGGUCUGGACUGGAGCCUGGAGGGAAAACGUCUUAAAUCUGCCGCCAUGUUAAAUGUUGUUUCAUCUGCCAAAAACCUGCUGACCGAAUCUGAGACCCGAAGCGGCGCCAUCAAUUUUCACUCCACACACUUAACCAGAUUCCUCUAAAUGUCAUAUUUGGUUUUUAUGGAUCUGUGUCAAAAUUUAAAUGCCUGAAGAGCCAGUCGGACCCAAACCGAGGAACCGGGUCCAAUCGGAGCUGAAAUUCUGACCCAGGACAGGAAUGUGGAAAAAAGCAGCCAGAGAUGAACAGAAAACAGAUUUAAGUCAAAGAUUAACUUCAGAUGAGACAAAAAGGAAUUUGGUCCAAAUUGGUCUGAAAUCAAAGGGAGCCAAAUGGCUCCAGUCCGGUCACUUCAGUCUGUCCAGUCGCGUUGGUCCGGUCCGGUCCGGUCCGGUCCGGUCGCUCCGGGUUUCAUCUCAGAUUCUGUCAGUAAACUUCAGUUUGCCAAGUUGAGGGGAGCGUCGGGUUUCCAGAAACUUCCCUGCUGCUCCCUGAGCAGAUCAAAUUUUUAUUUUGGUUUUCUGCCAGAAAGAAAUGUUUAAAAUGUGACCGAAAAAAAAACGAGUGAAGGUUGGAAAGAGAGGAUGUUUGAUUUCUUUAGCACAACACAAAAAAGCCCAAAAGUGCGGCGGAAUAAUCAAAGCUGGCAUCACACAGCAGGGGGCGCUCUCCUCCUGAUGCUAAACAAUCAUGUUUGGGCUCGAAACACAAAGUAGGAAAACUUAAAUUUUGUUGCAUUAAAAUUAGAUGAUGAAAAUUAUUCAUUUGGAAAGUCUGAAAAAAAGAAGCUGGACGAUUUGCUGCCACCAAGUGGCCAGAAUUAGUCACUGCAGCACAUUGUGACAAAAUGUUUUGUUGCUGCUUUAAAGCAUGAAAACAUUAUUAAUUAUAAUGAAGAGGGAAACAAGCCCUCGCUCUAACUUCAAAAAUCUGAAAUUACUAUAAUGGAUUGGAGUUGAAAACCAGAACCAGAACACUGCGGCCCAACAAGCUUCUGCAGGAAACAGACACCAUGUCGUCAUGUUUCACCAAACCAAUAUUCAUCCCAAGCAAAGAUCGGAGGUUUGGAGUUUGACUCCUGCCUGUUUCCAGCCCAAACGUAACUUCCUGUUGUGUCGCCAUGACGAUCCGUCCUUCGUCACCAGUAGUUCCACUUUUAGCUGUGAAUGUAGUGAAACUAGGGCUCCAUGGUAACGAGUCACCAGCAAACAUUAAGGUAGAAAACAUGAACUCAGCCCUGAUGAUGUCAUCUGAUGAUGUCAUCUGAUGAUGUCAUCUGUGUUGUACCAAAUGUCAAAACCGAAGCAAUAAAUCCAACGUGAAGACAAA